AACUGGAGCUAAACAAAGGUGGAGCUGAGAAGUGUGCCAUUAUGAGAGUUAAAAUUAGAGUGACCUCCAGCGGCGUACGAUUCUCCGAACCCAAGUUGCACAUGAGGUAGACAGAUUGGAGGUGUUCGUUCUGAGGAGGUUGAUUUGCGGUGCUGGCAUCGGCAGAUUUGGUUAUCUAAGCUUAGAUCCCUUGGUUACAGAAACUACCUUGUGUUCUGAUUGUAGGCAACCAGUGAAUGACUUUCUGCACACUUCACGUCUGGAACUGUAAAAACUACAUCGGGACGAGCAACGCUUAAGUAUCAACCCGAGACCAAUAACCUUCACUUUCGACUGUCUGCCUGUUCUUCAGACGCACAGUCUCUGCAAUCAUCUCCGAAUCGAAAGUUCGACUACGGGUCAGAAGUCUGUACUUGCAGAGAUUUAGUUGUGGGUGUUGAAAGGAAGUGUAUCGAGGCGCCACCGACUUAUUCGACAGCUGCUGCUGUAGUCCUUGAUUCAGGAAGCUAUGGCAUUCUCAGUUCAAUACGCUCUCGCUGCACUGUUGGUAGCCGCCGUCGCUACGUCGAGUUUUGGAUUCGCUAUGGCACAUGAAGGCCACGAACAUGCUCCAGCUGAAGCUCCAACAGGUCCGUCUAGCGGAGCCGUCGGCCUUGCGUCUUCUUCGAUUGUAGCGAGUUUGAUUGCGUCGGCUGCGGGGUUCAUUGCCGCUCGAUACCUAUAGAGCACGAUGAGUACUCACUCGAUUAAUCCCCAUUCUUCAUCGUUCUUCCUCCACGACAUCUGCAGCAGAGCUUCUUCUCCUGACUUCCUUCCCCUGGUGUGGACUUUUGAACAGUCGGUGGUUGAUGCUUACGGGGGAGGAAAAACUUGUAAUUUUUGUGUCGACGUUUCAUUCAGGGCAUCUAUAUCGUCCUUGGGUAGGGAGGUGCUCCACAUACAAGCUCUUGUAUCCGUGAAUGGGGAGUACACAGUUCGCUGCAGAAAAGAGUUUGAUCCAGGCCACAAUUGCAACUGCAGCGGCUUAAGCGGUCUAGAUGCUCUACAUAGAAUCGGCAACUGAAUUCCCACAACUCCCCGACCAUUAUUUGUUGCAGAUUAAUUCGAGGUAGUUUCAUUUUGUGAGUUAUCGUAAUCCGUCGAGUAUAUAUCUGCUGCUAUUCAUCAUCAGUCUGAAUUGUUGAUACAAGCAAUAAAACCAC